UGGUACGAAACCCAGCGUUGACGUUUUGAUUUAAAGCCCCGCCCCAAGGAACACACUCCUGGUCAAUCCCUACCACAUAUUGCAUCGCCAUCAUUUUGUAUACGGCCUUCACUGUUCUUGCUCAAUACAUUCCACUAGAUUCCUUCAAGAAAGAUCACUGCGGUACCACAAUGCAUAUCCUUGGUCUCGCGAACGGCAGUGUAGGCGGCAACUCCACCAUUUUACUGAAAGCUGCCCUCCAAUCCGCGAAACAGACCUCUCCCAAGACAACAACAUCCUGGAUUCAUAUCCCGUCCGUCUCCUACCCGCCCAACGCAGGACCCUUGGAUCAUGCCCAAGACAUAUCUAUGGGUGCGAACGCAGGGAAUAACUCUCACGGAAACUUAACCGAGCAUGCGAAUGACAAAGAUGAUCGAAAAAUACUGUACGACGAGAUCAUGAACGCUGAUGCGCUGAUCUUCAGUACAGCCGUAUACUCGCAUCAGCCUGCUGGCUCUCUUAAAGCCGUUCUGGACAAAGUCCUAGGUCCAUACACAGAUCCCACCUUUGCAUCUCGAAUCCUGGCAGGUCAACGCGCCAAUGACCCCAAGUUUACUUCAAUGACAGUAGACAAGAGGAUUUUGAAAGCGAGGGUGUGUGGAUUCAUUGCUGUCGGGGGGAGUACCACGCCUGAUCAAUUCACUAUGGCGCUUCCUACACUGCAUCUCUUUGCUUAUGGCCUUCACGCAAAGGUUAUCGACCAGGCGAUUGUAAUGGGUUGCGCCAAUCCAGGAGCGGUACUAGGCACGCAGAGUGGUGCAGCAGUGAAGAGGGCAGAGGACCUGGGGCGCAAAGUUGCCAGCCAGAUCGGCAAGCGAUUCGAUGAGGCGAAGUACCUUGGGCCAGUCCCUGAAGGAGCGUGUUCUCAAUGUUGGUUAGCCAAGUAUGAUUUCUUCGGUGGUGACGAGAUGAGAAUGGGAUGUGUAGUUUGCGGGAAUACAGGCAGGUUUGUUGUUAAAGAUGGUAAGAUGGAGGUCAAGUGGGACGAGAACAGCGAGUAUUGUUGUAUUACCUGGCGGGGGAAGGAGAAGCAUCUCGAUGACAUUUUUAAGAAUGGAAGUGCAGAAUGGAAGGGAAUGCAGGGCAGCAAGGAGCAGCUGGAGGAGUGGAGGAAAAUGGAUAUUGGGAGAAUAGUACUGCCGAAAGCCAGGUUUUUUGUCACUCCGUAAGGCG